AGUAAGAAUCCAAAACAGAUCAAUUUUUAGUCUUCGACACCUCCGUCCCAACUCCCAACUCGCUUCUGUUCGCUCUCUAUGUAUAUUUGUAUAUGCUACUUCCUCUGUAAAAAUAGACCCUCCUGAGGCUCUUCAUUUGGAAUUAUCAAAAACCCUAAACCCUAUAAGAUCACCAAAUCUUCGAGAUGUCACACAAGACCCUAGAUCCACGGCACGCCAUUGAGUCCUGCACAUUCCAGCUACAUAGCUGGAGGCCCUUUCACCUCCCAACCACACCAAAAGCCCUAGACCCUGAUACCUAUAUUUCUUCCAAACCAUAUUCUACCACCACUGCCUCCAGUAAUGGUGUUCACAGCAAGAGACCUUGCCGAUCCGAUCGAGCGACCUCGUUUACGAUCGACGCCAUCGAUAUGUCGAAGCUGAGCUUAUUUGAUGAGGACAGGCCUAUUUCGGCGCAUAAGCGGGAGAGUCUACGGUGGAUCGACAGAAAGCGGCGGCGGCGAGGGUCACGCUCAGUGUCCGGACGGAGCACCGAUCGAAGUGGUACUCGGCGGAGGUGUUGCUCGGUGGGGGCGUCGGCGGCUUACGCAACUUGUUCCGAUUUUCCAGUGGCGAUGGGGACUGAUUCGAGUGGGGAGUUGUUUGUGAAUGGGGACGCCAAUUGGGCAUCGGAUGUGAGUGAGGCAGCAAAGAAUUCGAGGAGAGAGAGAGAUGGCGGGAGUGGGGAGAGAGAGAAUUUGAUUAGUGGGUUUGGGCAAAUCGGCAAUUUUGAUAAUCAGGGGAAUGAGUCAGGGUAUGGGAGUGAACCUGGAUAUCGGGGUGAUGCAGAACUUGGGUACGGCGAUGAGGUCGAUGAGGAAGAGGACGAUUCACGGCUAUUGUUUUGGGGUGAGAAUUUUGGAGACUCUAGUAUAGAGAUGGUUGGGGAGAACACACUGCAAAAAGCGCAUCACAGAUGCCGGCGUAAGAAACACGAUUUUCGAAUGAUUGAACCAUUGAGGUAGAAUUUCCGGUUGGCAAUUUGUUGAAUACCUCUCUUGUAUUCCCAAAUUUUGGAUCUGAUAAGCAAGUUUUGUUGGCUCCUUGAAUUGCCUCACUAAUUAUCAAACCAUUUGAUGUAUGAUGCAUGUUCUGCCUUAACAUUCCUCCCAAUAUGUCAAAUAUCAUCAUCCCGAUUCCACCAACGGUCAUAUAGCAGCAAUUGGAUUUUUAAUGCUGUCAUGCUGCAUUUUCUGAUUUGGUCAAAAGAUGUUUUGGAUGUCCAUUACGUUCUGAACCAUGGUUGUAAGAAAUUUCUGUAAAAUGUAUGAUUGAAAAACUUGGGUUUAUUUCUGCAACUUUGUUUGGGUAAUGCAAGAAAACAAUGAAAAACUGGUUUAGACUUC